AUGGAGUGGAGCUGGAUCACUCUCUUCCUCAUGUCACUAACUACAGGUGUCCACACCCAGGUACAGCUGCAGCAGUCUGGGCCUGAGCUUGUGAGGCCUGGGACCUCAGUGAAAUUGUCCUGCAGGGCCUCUGACAAUAUCGCUAACUACUAUAUUCACUGGGUGAAGCAGAGACCUGGUCAGGGCCUGGAGUGGAUUGCAUGGAUUGAUCCUGAAAAUGGUAAUACUAACUACAAUCAGAAGUUCCAGGGCAAGGCCACACUGACUGCAGACACAUCCUCCAGCACAGCCUACAUGGAGCUCAGCAGCCUGACUUCUGAAGACACUGCGGUCUAUUACUGCUCAAUGUCCUUUGAGAGGUUUUCUCAGCUGGAAUAUGUCCUUUCCCACGUUACCCUGAAGAAUUCUGGUCCUGGGCUGUUGCAGCCCUCCCAGACUCUCAGUCUGACCUGCACAUUGUCUGGGUUUUCACUGAGCACUUAUGGCAUGGGUGUGGGCUGGAUCCGUCAGUCCUCAGGGAAGGGUUUGGAAUGGCUGGCAGACAUUUGGUGGAAUGCCGAGAAGUACUACAACCCAUCUUUGAAGAGCCAGCUCACAAUCUCCAAGGACACCUCCAACAAGCAGGUAUUCCUCCAGAUCACCAGUGUCGACACUGCAGAUACUGCCACAUACUACUGUGCUCGGAGAGCAUUUGGAGCACAGAGACACAGCCUAGGCUGA